AUGUCCGGAUGCAGUGCCGACGACGAGGCCGGCGAUGACCGCGCGCCGCGCGACAGAAGAAUUCGCGACCUCGGCGAGCUCCAGGAAACCGAAAACACGCCCCUCCUGCCCACGGAUCGGCCCGCGGAGCUGGUCCCUGAGCCGUCCUUGCGUCUGCUCGUCAGUCUUAUCGGCGGCCUGUGUUUGACCCUGGUGGCCGUGAGCCAACGACUCUUCGGCCCUGCGUUGCAGGAAAUUAUGGAGGAUGUCAUUUGCAGAAAUGUCUAUAGAGACCACCAGCUCAACGCGCUUUCUCCUCCAGACAGCCGAUGCAAGGAAAACGAUGUGCAGAAAGUCCUGUCCAUGGUCUCUGCUGUCGAUGUGUCGGCUGAGAUGAUUGUUCCAAUUAUGGUGCAGAUCCCCUUUGGAAUUAUUGCCGAUAAAUAUGGUCGUCGAAUCGUCAUCUUUGCCUCUCUUUUCGGCUGUUUCUUGAAAAUUGCGUGGACAAUCCUUGUCCUCUCGCUGCCCGAUAAACUCAACAUAUGGGCAAUUCUCUGGGGUAACCUGGCCUACUUCCUCGGCGGAGGCGGAUCCAUGGCCGGCGCCAUGUGCUACACACUCUUCAGCGACGUGACGCCCGCCGCCGAACGAACCAUGGUGUUUUACCAGCUCAACGCCGUGCUUCGCAUCGUCAACGUGGCAGCCACGCCCUUGGCCGCGUUCCUCCUCGGGGUGAACCCAUGGAUAGCUCUGUAUAUAGGCAUCGGUCUGCUAGGCAUUGGCACAGUCUGCACACUCUUGCUUCCCGAAACUCUUGAUUUGAGGAAAGUUGCUGAGCAGAGGAGACUGCCCCGCGAGAGGGCAGAGGAGUUUGCACCGCAGCCGAUAUCUAAAGUGUCGGCCAAAUCUGCUAUCCAACGCGCACUGGCUUCUGCGCGCAGUGACUUUGCUCACAUUUGGCGUUUUCUGCUCGGCUCGCAGGGUAUCAUGCUACUCAUGGUGUGUAAUGCUUUAGUGUACCCAUUGAAGCUGGUCUUCGACAGCGACCUCUUGCAGUAUAUGACGAAACGAUACCAUUGGUCAUGGUCAACGGCUACAUAUAUUGUGUCCAUCGAAAACUUCUUCGCCCUAGGAGUGCUAAUGAUUGUAUUGCCCACGACAGCUUGGGCUCUGAAUCGGCGCGGCCGCUCACCACUCCAGCGCGACCUAUUCAUCGCCCGUGUGUCCGCAAUAUUUGCGUUUCUGGGCACAAUACUCAUUGCCUUUGCGCCGGUAGGCUGGCUCUGUCUACUAGCCCUCAUCAUUUACAGCUUCGCGACAGGCUUUUCGCCUUUAUUCCGGUCCAUCCUUUCCAUCAUUGUCGAGCCGCACACAAUCGGGGCUCUCAAUACUGUCAUCGCUACAACUGAAUCUAUCGUAGGCCUGGUCUCGGCUCCCACUCUGGCUUGGCUUCUCAACCGUGGCAUGGAUAUUGGUGGUGUCUGGAUUGGUCUUCCGUUCAUGUUUACUGCUCUCCUGACAGCACUUUCCGCCUUGGGGAUAUUUCUAUUCAAGUUGCCUACCGUAUUUGUUCGAAGUUGA